AAAUUCAAAAAAUCCGAAGUGGAGCCAAAACAGAACAGAACAUUCUCCAUAUAUCGAGGAUAUAAACAGUCUUCUGUAGCUUGUUUGUACGAUCAUCUUCUUCUCCGCCCCUCUCCGAGCUUUCUCUCUCUUCUGUUUAUCUCUCCUUUAGGGUUUUCUUCAUCGUCGCCUUUUUGCUGUUUCCUUAAGAAAAAUGGUGGAAUCAAAGAAGAAGAUGUUAGCGUACGAAGAAAGUCGUUUGAAAAGAUUGGAAGAGAACAAGAAGAGAAUGGAAGAGCUCAAUCUCAACAAGCUCGUUCAAGCUGUUCGUACUGCUACCAGCCCUAAGCCAUCGCCCAUGAAGAAGGUGAAGCCGAGGGUUAAGCAGGAGAUAGAUCGCUCAGCUGUGAGAAGGUCCAAUCGCGUUGCGGAUAAGCCUCCUCCCAACUACAAAGAUGUCCCUAUUGAACCUUUGGGAAAGCCAAGGAGCUACAAGAGAAGAGAUUUGUUAAACCGGGUGUAUGCUGAUGAUGAAGAUAGGCAGUAUGCUAUAGAAAGAGCAGAGCAGUUACAAUCGGAGAUAGAUGCUGAUUUCCCUAGUUUUGUGAAACCUAUGCUCCAAUCACAUGUUACUGGUGGCUUUUGGCUGGGUCUGCCUGUUCAUUUUUGCAACACACAUCUCCCUAAACGUGAUGAAUUUGUCACCCUGAUCGACGAAAAUGAAGAUGAGUUUGUGACAAAAUACCUCGCAUUAAAGAGGGGGCUGAGUGGUGGAUGGAGGGGUUUCGCCAUUGAUCAUGAAUUAGUUGAUGGUGAUGCACUGGUUUUUCAGUUGAUUGAGCCAACAAAAUUUAAGGUUUACAUCAUAAGGGUUAAUCAAGCAGAAGAUUAGGAGACAGAAGACACGCAAAAUAUUUACUGAGAUUGGUGGAACGUGAAAUGAAAUCAAGGAACAAAAUGCAUUCCACCUGAUCGUAGCUUUUGGGACCAUCCUUCUGUCUUUGUAGAUGCCUAUUUAAGAACCUGGAAGUCUGGAACUAGCAUCAUUGUAAUUAUUUAAUAUAGUUCUAAUUACGGCAAAGACCUUCAGUGCCAAAACUCAACCUUGUGAUUGGUAUGGUGCAGCAGUUUUUUCAUCCUAGUUUACGGGAUAUUAGUCAUGUUUGUCUAGCAUUGCAACAACAAACCCAGUGUAGUCUCACACGUGUAGUCUGGUGUUUAUCUAGCACUGGUCUUUCAUUAGUU